CUCAUUCCCCAAAUUUCUUUCAGCCUCAGGCAUCGGCAUCGAGUGCGCGCUCCGACUGCUGCGAGCCACAAGACACUGCCAGACUAGCCGGACAGCCCGCCUGCCCGCCUACACGCCUUGGCUGGGGCCAAAACUCCGCGUUCUGUACCUUGGCGAUUCCCGUGCGGCCCAUCCGCGCAGCCCGACCACGCUCCUCUUAUCUCGGGCUCCCCGGCGCUGUCCUGACGCAACCGCCCGCACCAUGGUGCUCUACUCCUUCUAUAUCUUCGAUCGCCACACCGAGUGCAUCUACAGCAGGCGCUGGACCCCGCGGCCCGUCUCCUCCAGCAGCAAGACCGCGCGACCGCAGUCCGGCUCGAGUAUAACCAGCAAUGGCGACGCCACGACCGUCGCCCGCAAGCGCACCGACGACGAGAAGCUGAUCUUCGGCCUGGUCUUCUCGCUGCGGAAUAUGAUCCAGAAGCUCGGCGGCGAGGACGAUACCUUUCUGUCGUACCGGACCGGCGAAUACAAGCUGCACUACUACGAAACGCCGACGCGGAUGAAGUUUGUCAUGUUGACAGACACGAAGCAGAAUAAUCUGAGGCCAUACCUGCAUCAGAUCUGGGCGAAUCUGUAUGUCGAGUUCGUGGUGAAGAAUCCCCUGGCGCCCGUUGAGCAUCCGGGAGGCAUUGGCGUUGCGAACGAGAUGUUCGAGAGGGGUUUGGACGCCUUCAUUACGGCCGUCUUACCGGCUUGAGGGAUAGUAUGAGAAAUCGCACGUUCGGGGCAUCCUUGAAUCUAGUGCAACCCAAGCAAAGCCCGCCCGGUCGCCGGUCCGCGGUUACCGCAAGCAACCUCCGGGACGGUCAGAAGGAGGAAGCACGGCAGAAAAGCCUACGAUUCUGAGGGAAGAAGAUAUCUUGGAUUGCCAAUCUCUACCAAGAGACACGCCGUUUAGUCGCAAGCCACGAAGAAGCCCUGCUCGAGGUCUCUCAGCCGGGCAUUCAGGACUCAAAGAAGCAACAGAUGAAGUAGCAAACAAAGUGUUCGAAAUUGAAAUCCCCAUGACUACCUUUAGCAUUUGA